GAGCAUGACCAACCUGUCCGUGCCCGUGGAGGAUCCCAUCAGAAUGAUCAAAUUCUCAUCAAUGCUUUCCUUCCAUCAUCCCAGCUGUUUGAACCCCAACCGCGAGAAACAGACUUCUAGAACUGGGCUAGAUGGGGCGCUGUUCAGAAAGGGUACCCAUGGAUUUCUAGUGUAGGUAAAAAAUGACUAAAGGAUGCUCGAGCCUCGGCGCAGGGAGCACUCUGGAGCGCCCAUCGCCGGCCGUGAAGACACUAACAGCAGCUGCACGGAUAUACGUUGGGAAACCUUGGAAGGCUAAUAAUGCCAUGGAUGAGCGGUGUCGAACGGGUCUUUGCCGUCUGCGGAAAGGCGACGACAGCCGCGGUGUCGCAUCGGAGCGAGCCUGACGAAUAAGCAUGCCAUGUCUAAAUGGGCGACGUCCAACGAACGUUUGGUGGACGGGUUGCAGCCCGCGUGAGUUUUGCGAGUGUCAACGUACGCCUCGACCCAUAUCUAUCAAUCACAGGCAACGUCCAGUCUCGUGGCGCCAAUUGCGACGAGACUGCUACGACAUGUGUCUCUCCACCGGGCCCGAAACUUGAGUUUUUAGAAGCCCAGCGCGGCCAGCGGCACUGCGCACUGCCAGCACGCUGCAAUGACCAAUCCCUUCGCACAUGUUUCCUGGCUGCUCUUUCCAGAAACCUCGUGUCUCCGCCAGUGCCCGGACAUGGCCCCAGCUCUCGAUCCCCAAUCAAACCGUUUCCACCUCGCGUCAUCUCAUUGGUUCCGCUGGCUGACAAUGUUUCAACCAGAAUUGGGACCAACUUGCCAGGCUUUCCCAACUCCUUGCCUGUUCUUGCCUGUUCCUGUCAUCAGGUUCCACCGGGUCUCGAAGCCACUUCCCAGUCCAGAAAGUACGUACCGUUGAUUGUAUCUGACCUGAGUUGCAAGUGCGAGCAAUGUCUGCGCCUGCAGGCAGACCAAGCAGGGUUCUGGGAAGCAAUUUCUCUGUUUCCUGCCGCUGCGUCUCCCACCACUCAUUCUUCCCAGUUCCCCGUCCCAUUCUUGAUUCCCCCAUUGGCAUUGACAUUCACCAUUCACCGCUCGCCUUAUCGCUCCGGCCUCCGGUACCUGACGGGCGCCCUCUCCCAUGUGAACCUCCCCUCCCAAUUCUGCGCAAUCCAUUCACAAACCAAGAGGGGGUCACCAGGUACCGUCCCUAUCUUGGCUUUUCCACUGCCAGGUUCAGCCCAGUCGUCACACCCUGUCAGUCGAUCUUCGCAUAAGAUGCAAAUCUUCCCUACGGGAGAUAUCCCAUCUCGCACAUCAUUGACAACGCAUCUAGCUCGCCCCGAAUUCUGACUCUUCGCUAUUCCCAUCUCGGCAUCUUUCCCACCUCGUGCUCAACUGACACUGGAGUCUCUUUUUUUUUUCUGCCCGAGAGAAGGGGGAAAAAAAGACAUCGAGAUCC